GAAGCCGAGAGCCGGUGGCUGGGGCCGCUCGGAGAGAAAAAGGUGGGAGCCGAACCCGGAAGUGGCGGCGGUCCCUGGAGACCAGGCGGAGGCCGCGGCAAGUCUGACACUGGGCUGACCGGGGAGCCGGGGCGGGGGCUGACGGCCAGGCCUCCGCCUGGCGGGAGCCGCACGAGGAGCGGGAGUGGCCGGGCCUCCCUGCCGCGCUUGAGCGAGCGCCGGGUGAUGGCGGUGGUGAUGGCGGCAGGCGCUCGGACAGCUCCGCUUGAGCUGCGCUCGGAGAGAGCUCACCCAGAAACUUACAAACGGGAACAAGAGUUAUUGCUAUCCACCCAGAAAGUGCCCAGAAGAAACUUCCUCUUAGAAAAGCUGAAAACACAGUAUUUAUAACACUGGAAAUUGUAAAGAAUUUGUUUAAAAUGGCUGAAAACAAUAGUAAAAAUGUAGAUGUACGGCCUAAAACAAGUCGGAGUCGAAGUGCUGACAGGAAGGAUGGCUAUGUGUGGAGUGGAAAGAAGUUGUCUUGGUCCAAAAAGAGUGAGAGUUGUUCUGAAUCUGAAGCCAUGGGUACUGUUGAGAAUGUUCAAAUUCCUCUAAGGAGCCAAGAAAGGCAGCUUAGCUGUUCGUCCAUUGAGUUGGACUUAGAUCAUUCCUGUGGACAUAGAUUUUUAGGCCGAUCCCUUAAACAGAAACUGCAAGAUGCCGUGGGGCAGUGUUUUCCAAUAAAGAAUUGUAGUGGCCGACACUCUCCAGGGCUUCCAUCUAAAAGAAAGAUUCAUAUCAGUGAACUCAUGUUAGAUAAGUGCCCUUUCCCACCUCGAUCAGAUUUAGCCUUUAGGUGGCAUUUUAUUAAACGACACACUGUUCCUAUAAGUCCCAAUUCAGAUGAAUGGGUGAGUGCAGACCUAUCUGAGAGUAAAUUGAGAGAUGCUCAGCUGAAACGAAGAAACACAGAAGAUGACAUACCCUGCUUCUCACAUACCAGUGUCCAGCCUUGUGUCAUAACUACCAACAGUGCUUCGUGUACAGGUGGUCACAUAACUGGUUCUAUGAUGAACUUGGUCACAAACAACAGCAUAGAAGACAGUGAUAUGGAUUCAGAAGAUGAAAUUAUAACACUGUGCACAAGCUCCAGAAAAAGGAACAAGCCCAGGUGGGAAAUGGAAGAUGAAAUCCUGCAGUUGGAGGCACCUCCUAAGUUCCACACCCAGAUCGACUACGUCCACUGCCUUGUUCCGGACCUCCUUCAGAUCAGUAACAAUCCAUGCUACUGGGGUGUCAUGGAUAAAUACGCAGCCGAAGCACUGCUGGAAGGAAAGCCAGAGGGCACCUUUUUACUUCGAGAUUCAGCACAGGAAGAUUAUUUAUUCUCUGUUAGUUUUAGACGCUAUAGUCGUUCUCUUCAUGCUAGAAUUGAACAAUGGAAUCAUAAUUUUAGCUUUGAUGCCCAUGAUCCUUGUGUCUUCCAUUCUCCUGAUAUUACUGGGCUCCUAGAACAUUAUAAGGACCCAAGUGCCUGUAUGUUCUUUGAACCACUUUUGUCCACCCCCUUAAUCCGGACUUUCCCCUUUUCCUUGCAGCAUAUUUGCAGAACGGUUAUUUGUAAUUGUACGACUUAUGAUGGCAUCGAUGCCCUUCCAAUUCCUUCGCCUAUGAAAUUGUAUCUGAAGGAAUACCACUAUAAAUCAAAAGUUAGGUUACUCAGGAUUGAUGUGCCAGAGCAGCAGUGAUGCAGAGAGGUUAGAAUGUAGACCUGCAUACAUAUUUUCAUUUAAUAUUUUAUUUUUCUUAUGCCUCUUUGAAUUUUUGUACACAGGCAGUUGAAUCCAAAAUAAAACUGUGCCCUAAGUUUUAAUUCCAGAUCAAUUUAUUUUUUUUAUGAUACACUUGUUAUAUAUUUUUAAGCAGGUGUUUGGUUUUUGUUUUUACCAUGUAAAUUUACAUAUGGUCCAGGCAUAUUUACAAUUUCAAGGCAUUGCAUAACAUUUGAAUAUUCUGUAUUUUUUAAAUAAUCGUUUGCUCUUUCCUAUGUGUGAAAUAUUUUGCUAAUCUAUGCUAUCAGUAUUCUUGUAUGACAGAAUAGUUACCUAUUCUCUUUUCAUUUUGAAGAUUUUCAGUAAAGAGUGUUAUAAUCAAUCCAUUAUAAUGUAACUGACUUUUGUAAUUUGCCAGUAGGAGUGUCAAACAACAAAAUGAUUUAAAAUGAAACAAUGUAUUUUCAUUUUAAAUAUUAACUAAAACAAGAUUGUUUGUUUGUUAGUUAUUCUAGCCAAUGAGAAAAGAGAUUGUAGUGUCCUAGAGGUGUAUUUGUUCUGCAGUUUGGCAAGAUCGUCAGUUAAUCCAAAUACAGCAUCCCCUCAACCUGGAGGUGAAUGUAACUUGUGUUCCUUUCUUACUAGAAGCAUUACAAAGCAAAAUAGCAGUGUUAGAAGCUUGGAGUUGCUAAGGCAACUAGAGUUUUCUCUAUUAAUUCAUAGGCUGUUGCAUCUACUUAGCUUUUUUUUAGGAACCCUGGUUCCAGGGGAAAAUACAUAAUUUCUAAACUGCUCCUGUAUCCACCAGUAACAAAAAACUGAAGAAUUUCUCAUUAUUUUAAAUUGAUCUUAAAUAAUGAUGCAAACAAAAACAUGGCUCAAUAUUUAGGAAGCUUAAUAUUGCUUUUGGUAUUUACAUUCUAAAUAGUCAUUUCUGUCCUCCGAACUAACAUGAAUUUUAUGUGGCAUGGCAGUAGCUCCAUGACAUGACGUCACAGGCCUAGAGUAACAAACAGUAGAGGGGCACCCUGUUUCUCUCUUCGGUGACUGACCUUGACAGAGUGCCUAGUUUUCCUUGUGGUGAGCUAUCUGCCUCUUUUAAAUAUUGUACUAAUUAUUUUACUUAUCUUUUUCUGUGUGUGACAGUGUCUCUCCAUGCAUCCUAGGCUGACCUCAAAUUUGAGCUCCUUCAGCCUGAAUUUCGGAUUACCGGUUUAACCCAGUAUGAACAGCUAGUGAAGGAUGGAUAGAGUUUUCCUUUCUUUCCUUGCUUCCUUCCUCCCUUCCUUCCUUCCUUCCUUUCUCUUUUUCUUUGUUGUUGUU